UGUUGAUAUCUUCAGAGAUUUGUACACAGGUGACAGAUACCCGAGUUUUAGAAUCGACAGGAGCAUCGCACUUAACGACUAUCUUAACUCUCUGAAUAAUUUGUGAAGGCUUAUCUUUACUGAAUUUGCAUCAUGAAGUUCGUCAGAUUUAUCAUGAAGAAUGCUGCGCUGGCAAAUGUGCCCAAGCACAUUGACCAUUUCUCAAAAUUUUCUCCAUCUCCUUUGUCAAUGAAGCAGUUCUUGGAUUUUGGUUCCACGAACGCCUGCGAGAAGACCUCAUUCGCCUUCCUGCGGCAAGAGCUGCCUGUCCGGCUGUCCAACAUCAUGAAAGAGAUUAGCCUUAUGCCUGACCGACUGCUCACUACCCCAUCUGUGCAGCUUGUGCAGAGUUGGUACAUCCAGAGUCUAAUGGAAAUCCUGGAAUUCCUGGACCACAGACCUGAUGACCACAGAGUUUUAGAUGCGUUUAACGAUGCCUUGGUGACCAUCAGGAACCGGCACAAUGAUGUUGUGCCCACCAUGGCUCAGGGAAUCAUUGAAUACAAAGACGCGUUUGGUCAGGACCCCGUCACCAGCCAGAACAUCCAGUACUUCCUGGACCGCUUCUACAUGAGCCGCAUCUCCAUCCGCAUGCUCAUUAACCAGCACACUCUUAUCUUUGACGGGACCACAAAUCCUGCCCAUCCAAAUACUAUCGGGUGCAUUGACUCCCAGUGUGACGUCACAGAAGUUAUCCGAGAUGCCUUUGAGAGUGCCAAGAUGCUCUGUGAACAGUACUACCUGGGGGCUCCUGAACUCGAGAUGACGGAGAUUAACGCUAACAGCAGGAAUGACCCAAUCUCCAUAUCUUACAUCCCUUCCCACUUGUAUCAUAUGCUGUUUGAGCUCUUCAAGAAUGCUAUGAGAGCGACCAUUGAGACACAUGAAGCAAGUAACAAUCUUCCUGCAAUCAAAGUUACGGUGGCCUUAGGUGGAGAAGACCUCACAAUUAAGAUGAGCGAUAGAGGUGGUGGUGUUCCCUUCAGGAAGAUCGAGAGACUCUUCAGUUACAUGUAUUCUACAGCUCCACGACCAACUAUUGGGGACCACCAGAGAGCCCCACUGGCUGGGUUUGGCUAUGGGCUGCCCAUCUCUCGCCUCUAUGCUCGCUACUUCCAGGGAGACCUGCAGCUGUUUUCCAUGGAGGGCUAUGGCACAGAUGCAGUUGUUCACAUGAAGGCUCUGUCCACGGAUUCUGUGGAGAAGUUGCCGGUGUUUAACAAGACUGCCCUGCGGAAUUACAAGGUCAGCCAAGAAGCUGACGAUUGGUGUGUGCCCAGCAAAGAGCCGCUCGACUUGGCAGUGUACCGCGUGGGCAAAUGAACCGUAUGUGUGCCAUGAGGACAUGGCACUUGGCCCAGAGGAAAAAGAAAACCAAAGUGGGCAAGAUGGGGACCUGCUGCCAAUGGAAGUUGGCGUAAAAGGAGACCAAACUUGCUGGAAGCUUUGCAUGCCUUGCUGGAGAGUCUUUGGCCCUGGAUCACUGCUGAAGGAAGUCUGCUCCCUGAUUUUGGAGUAACGGAGUAGAUGUGAUGACACAAUGUGAUCAGAGUUCCAAGAAAAAUUGCACAUGACAAAACAAAACAUGUGAUGAAAGUACCAAAACAUGCUGAUGUCACAAACCAAAAGUUUCUCCAGAGUGAUGAGAGCUAGCUGGCCCAGUCAGUGGUUUCAAGGAGAACGAGGAGUGGGCACAGAUUGAUAAGUUAGUAGGGAAGACAAAAUGCAUGAGACACAACUGAAAGCUGAAAGUGAUUGAAGGGCAGAAAGUUGUGAGAAGAUGGAAGAUUUUGUUUGAAGAACAGAGUAGAACAGUGAUGUUUAGAAUGAAAUUCAUUUCAGGUGGAAAUGACAAGGUUAAUGAGGCAUGCAUUUGGUUAAGUAACAUUGCCCAUAUGCCAAAGGUAUUUUAUCAUUUGGAAAAAUCCUAUACAAGUGGUGAUAUUCUUCAGAGUUGUCCAUUGGAUUUCAAUUGUUUGAACACAGGCACAUUUUUUUAAAAGGUUCACCAGAGGCUCAGAAGUUUCUACAUAUGACUGUUAUGAACAAAGGGCAUUGCCUUUGCCCAUAGACAAAUGUUUGUUUCUAGAUUUCUUAGUCAAAACCGGCUUUUCUAGUGCGAUCAUUUCAUUUGGAAAUGUAGGACUAUUGUGCAAAAUUAAUUCUCUGUUCUGUUUGAUCAGAACGUCUGGUUUGCAGUAUUUGGCGCUCGUGUCCUGUGCUUUGUGCUGAUCAUGUGGACUGCUGGCGCCACAAUUCCAGGAAAAGGAGUGAUAUGAUUAUCAAAAUAGGUCCAUUGUCAAUUUACAAAGUGUGUUUGUAUUAUGUCUUGUGCAAUGAGAUGACCGUUUCAAAAACACCUUUAUUUUUUUUACAAACACCAGAGUUGUGAAUAAAAUGUUUGUAGUUCAGAAA